GAACGGCCAAAACAUUCCAGUGUAAUUAAUUCACCAUGACGAGCAAAUAACACUUAAUGAGCAUUCCUUUGGUGUUUAGACACCGAUAUCAACGCAGAAAUCAUCUGCUCUGUUUCCUGUACAUGUUUCACCAGUGAAUUCGUCAUGUCACGUGGUUGGAUCUUCUUUUGGAUCGCACUCUUUUGCCAGGGGCUCACAUGGGGCCGUGGUGCCCAGUCCCAAACUGGCAAAGCCAAAGAAACGUCGCCAGCAUUAAGAAAACGUUGGUGGUUCAUGAAAACAUGCUCAGGAGAUAAGCCUGGAGGACAUGCAUGGAAUAACGAUUGGGAUGCGCCCUUCAGCUUUGAGUGUCCACCAGCUCAGUCCAUUUCAUCGAUCUACAGUAUUUUUAGGGACUGUAGGCGUGACCGUUUGUUUGAGUUUAAGUGCAAACACAUCUCUGCCGGUGGUUACUAUACUUACCAUAGCAACCAUUGCCAAUGGACCAACUACCUCAACAAUUUCGAUCAGCCAAUCAAACACAGGUGUCCCGAUGGGCAAUUUUUGGCUGGUGUUGAGUCGUAUCAUCAAAAUUACCAAGAAGAUCGCAGGUUUAAAUUCAAGUGCUGUGGAUAUGUACAUUCCUCGCACUAUCGCUCUUGCUACAAGACGCCGUAUGUGAACAACUGGAGAGGAGUGUUGCACUAUGAGGUCCCGAACUUUCACUAUCUUGUUGGUGCUGAAAGUGUUCACUGGAACAGUAAAGAGGAUCGCCGCUGGAAGUUUGAAGUGUGCAAGAUGCCAUAGAUCAUAAUCAACAGUCGUAGUAGUCAGCAGUCUCUCUCAUUCAUCUAAAUCUUUUACGUAGCUAUCACUAGGGACCAAUCCUUUCCGAGCCUCAAGCACUGUUUUUAAAUUAAAAAAACCUGCAUGUGGAUGUGUGUUUCUUCACUCGGACCGUCGUUGGAACCUUGUAGUUGUAUGAAUGGCUGCCCCUUGGUCUCUCAAACAUGACAAAAGAGAUUUGUUUUAGUCAUAGCUUCUCUUCCUAUCUUCGUAAAGGGGAGGUGCCUUGGGCGAAAAUUGAUCAGCGCUUAGGAAUCCGCGGCACGGUCGAGCGGACCGGUUUCCAUUCCUGAUAAGGGGUCUUUCCAAUAUGGUAUCUGAGCCAAGGCUCUUUAAGGUUGGUUUCCAUACAAUCAUCCCGGCCCGACUGGGUUGAUCACUCUGGUCGUUUUAACUUGGUUCUCACCAUCAAGACGAUGUCGACAAAGGGGAUGAUUCAGAACGCUAACGAUUGCUUAGCUCACUUUUAAUUCAAUUUUGACAAUCGGACAAAACGUGAGGGAUCAUCACUGAUUUGUUAGAAGCCAUUGUCAGGUGACUGGGACGAUCACAAAUUGAAAACACUGUGUCAUUUCCAACAGGACCAUAUAAAAAAGACGGCCGUUUCUCUUAAUUAAAAUUGAAAACUCGGCCAGCGCACUGAGAUAUUGAUACAACAUGCAGACUUAUGAAGCAGUGCCUAAAGUAGAAUCUUACAAGCUCAGCUGCCGACCACUGACGGCACGGUCUAGACAUAAAGAGCCUCCAAUGUUGUAGCAACAUAGAUUUAAACUGGAACGAAGAUUUUUAUCUCUAGUUUUAAGAUAUGUUUUUACGAGAUUUCCGUCUUUUAUUUCGUAAAAAACGCUCAGUCGGAUCAACGUUUUUUGCUCCCCGAAAGUAGCGAACCCCCGAAAAUAAGGAGCCUUAAAGGCUUCUAAUCCCCAAAGUAACGAGGGUCGUUACUCUUGGAAGUUUACGGAAUACGACCGGUACGUGCCGGGGAAUUAACAAGCCAAAAUUCGGGGGAGGGUAACCUGUAAUUAAUGGCCAAGCACUCCAUCCUGGGGGAGUAGCAACAAUCUUCUUUGCUAGGAAAACUGGAAUAAGCUUUGUUGUUGACCAGCGGUUGACCUCAAUGCAGACUUUAUGUAGCGCUCUUUCGUGAUGCUCAUAUUUUGUCAACCCUUGUCUGCAUUUAGUAUUUAUUAUUCACAACAAAAGUUAAACGCCCCCAGGAUUCCCUGACUUGCCCCUUUUCUUUUACACGUUGUUGACACAAUCAUUUGAUGUUUGAA